UUCGCCGCCGUCUUAUCUUUUUCUGUCGCACCCAUGUCUCCUUCGUCGUCUUCUUGUUCCCAAGCAAAAACUUUACGAAUCGGCAUAAUUGGAUUUGGUCCUUUCGCGCAGUUUUUGGCCAAAAACCUGAUUAAACAAGGCCAUUUUAUCAGGGCAACUUCAAGAUCAGAUUAUUCAGAGCUUUGCUCAAAUUUGGGCAUCCUAUUUUUCAGGGAUAUGGGUGCAUUUCUUGAAUCGGAUAAUGAAAUCAUAAUAAUUAGCACGUCGAUCCUGUCUCUAUCACGAGUCGUGGAGUCCAUGCCAUUCCAUUGUCUCAAGCGGCCUACACUUUUCGUUGAUGUGCUCUCUGUGAAAGAACACCCAAAAGAUGUCCUUUUGCAAAUACUGCCCGAAGAGUGCGACUUGCUGUGUACGCACCCAAUGUUUGGACCAGAAAGUGGGAAAGAUGGAUGGACAGACUUGACUUUUAUGUAUGACAUGGUUCGAAUUAGAGAUCAGCCCCUGUGCUCUUUUUUUCUGCACGUCUUCUCAAGUGAGGGUUGCAAAAUGCUCGAAAUGACUUGUGAAGAGCAUGAUAGAUUGGCUGCUCGAAGUCAAUUCCUCACUCACACAAUCGGCAGGAUCUUGUCGGAAAUGGACGUUGAACCCACGCCCAUAGACACAAAAGGAUUUCAGAAACUUGUUCAAGUGAAGGAGAGCUCAGUUAAAGAUAGCUUUGAUCUGUUCAGCGGACUAUUCAUUCACAAUAGGUUUGCCAGGCAACAGAUGAAAAAUUUAGAAGUAGCAUUGGAGAAAGUUAAAGAGAAACUUCAAGAGAGAUCAAAGAUGCGGCAGGAUCCUAUCAUACCGAAGUUCUAACAACUGCUGAAGAAUACUAAUGAAUGGGAACUUCAUUACUCACUUUCUUGGUCUUGUAAAUGUUCCAUUGCUUGUGUCAUUUUAGAUGCUAUAUAUUGUUUGCAACUUUACUAAGACACAUCCGGAGGAAUCAAUCUAGACAAUGUACUCUAAAAAUGAAAGGCAUUUUGUUAAGAAUUGACAAUAAACUAGUUGAAUUAAGGAGGA